AAGCGCAUCCGUUCAGCGAGCGCCUCUUCCUCCUGCAUCCACCGCCGCCGCUGUGUUCAAUCACAAUUAGGUGUGACUGAUGCUGCUUUUGCCGCACGAGCGCCGGCUCGUUUUGCUUACACCUCGGACUUUACUGGACGUGCUUGUGGAUUUUUAGUCGACUGGCUGCUUUUUAAGGACGAGGGCGGAACUGAGCGAGUGAAAGGAAGUGGAAAAAAUGUACGGGCGGCACACUGGCUUGCGAUGUGGACCGUCUGGACUCAACCUCGAUGUUUACUUUUUGAUGUCCCUCUGAAUGAGUGUGUGUGUGUGUGUGCGCGUGCGUGCGUGUGCGUGUGUGGUUUUAGGGUCACCUGCUCUGGAUGUGGCGCCGGUCCCCCAACCAUCUCAUCUCGGUGGGGGGGGAAGUGCUUGGGUUUGCUGAUUCCUGGUGCCUUGAACGCAUCAUGAGCAAAGAUAGUUAAAGAAGAGUGAUGGAAGUGAUGCUGCUUGUGGGGACAUUUUAAAACAAACCACUGAACCCCCCCCCCCCCACACACACACACACCUGCUAUAGAGGAGAAGGUGAGGCUUUCAUGAGUGAGGGGUCGCAGAAGGGAGACAUCAACAACACUGGCCUGGACUUGUUGGAAGCCAUCGUCGUGGCAACCCACUGAGAGACAGCAAACAUUAAUGCCACUGAGCUCUUUUCAUCACCAAGAAGCACCCCCAUUUUACAGGCUGCAUGGACACAUCGUCAAAGUCGUGGCUCCCACAUCAGGGUCAGUUUGGGUUGGGUGGUCAAGUGGAGGUGUGCUGUAGUGGACCUGGCGUUUUGACCCCAAACCAAUCACGCAGGGCAAGUUUUGCCUCUGUGAGACAGUCAAGCAUGGAGACUCCCCCAAAUGCCACGCCGCAGUCCUUCAGGCAACCGAGUUUUCUCAAUCGGAAGCUAAAGGGCUCCAUCAAAAGGGCCAAAAGUCAGCCCAAACUGGACCGGACCAGCAGCUUCAGACAAAUGAUCUUGCCCCGGUUUCGUAGCGCCGACCAAGAAAGGACACGCUUGAUGCAGAGUUUCAAAGAAUCCCACUCCCACGAGUCUUUGCUCUCUCCCAGCAGUGCUGCCGAGGCUUUGGACUUGGUUCUGGAUGAAGAUGCCGUCAUAAAACCUGUUCAUUCCAGCAUUUUAGGACAAGAGUAUUGCUUUGAGGUGACCACCAAUUCCGGAACAAAAUGCUUUGCCUGCCGGUCUGCAUCAGAGAGAGACAAGUGGAUUGAAAACCUGCAACGAGCUGUCAAACCCAACAAGGACAACAGCCGACGAGUUGACAAUGUACUCAAGUUGUGGAUCAUCGAAGCGCGAGACCUCCCGACAAAGAAACGCUACUACUGUGAGCUGUGUCUGGACGACAUGCUGUACGCCCGCACCACCAGCAAACCUCGCACCGACACCAUCUUCUGGGGCGAGCACUUUGAGUUCAACAACCUACCCACCAUUCGUAGCCUUCGCUUGCACCUCUACAAGGAGACGGACAAGAAGAGACGCAAGGAAAAAAGCACUUACCUUGGCCUCGUCAGCAUCCCCAUCUCUAGCAUCACGGGUCGGCAGUUCGUGGAGCAGUGGUACCCUGUCAUCCAAUCCAGCGUUUUGGCCAAGAGCGGCGGCGUUGGCAGCGGCAAAAUCAUCAACGCCUCGCUUCGCGUCAAAUCUCGCUACCAGACCAUGAACAUUCUCCCUAUGGAGCUGUACAAGGAAUUCGCCGAGUACAUCACCAACAACUACCGAACACUGUGUGCAGUACUGGAGCCGCUGUUGAGUGUGAAGAGCAAAGAGGAGGUGGCGUUUGCGCUGGUGCACAUACUCCAAAGCACUGGGAAAACUAAGGAGUUUUUGUCUGAUAUGGCGAUGUGUGAGGUGGAUAGAUUCAUGGACCGCGAGCACAUGAUCUUCCGGGAAAACACGCUUGCGACGAAGGCUGUGGAAGAGUACCUCAAGUUGAUAGGUCACAGAUACCUCAAAGAGGGGAUAGGUGACUUCAUUCGAGCAUUGUAUGAAUCUGAGGAGAACUGUGAGGUGGACCCCAUGCGAGUCCCGCCUUCGGUCCUGGCUGACCAUCAAGCAAACCUUCGCAUGUGCUGCGAGCUCCUACUCUGCAAGAUCAUCAACUCUCUAUGCAUUUUUCCCCGCGAGCUGAAAGAGGUGUUUGCGUCGUGGAGGGCAAGAUGUGCUGAGCGUGGGAGGGAGGACCUCGCCGACAGCCUCAUUAGCUCGUCGCUGUUUCUUCGCUUCAUGUGCCCGGCCAUCAUGUCCCCAUCGCUCUUCAACCUGACGCAGGAGUACCCUGCCGAACGCACCUCGCGGACGCUCACGCUCAUCGCCAAAGUCAUGCAGAACCUGGCAAGCUUCAGCAAGUUUGGGCCUAAGGAAGAGUUCAUGUACUUCAUGAACGAGUUCUUGGAGAUGGAAUGGGGUUCCAUGCAGCAGUUCCUUUACGAGAUCUCCAACAUGGAGUCUGGAGGAAAUGCCGGUGGCUUCGAGGGCUACAUCGACCUCGGCAGAGAGCUGUCUAUGUUGCACAGCCUACUUUGGGAAGUCAUGGGCCAACUAAGCAAGGACGCUAUUCUCAAACUGGGGCCUCUGCCUCGGCUCCUGAAUGACAUCAGCGUGGCCCUGAGGAACCCUCAGCUACACACCACCACUAAUCACCAACCCGAGCGGCCCAAGGACAGACUCUUCUCUCGGCCCACGUUCAAUCGCCUCAUGUCCUCUGACUUCCAGAGCCUGAUGAUGCGUGACUUAAACAGUUCGAUUGACAUCUCUCGCCUGCCGUCGCCCGCCCCUGGCGUGUCUGCUGUGGAGUCUCUCUCGUCCAACCUCAACAUGAGGCGACAGGCGGAACGAGAUAUGCGCUCGUCCAGGGAAGUUUUCUACGUCACACGCCCGCCGCUGGCCCGAUCCAGCCCGGCCUACUGCACAAGCAGCUCUGACAUCACAGAACCCGACCCUAAGGUACACAGCGUUAACAAGAGUGUGUCCAUGAUGGACCUUCAAGACUCACGCAUGAACAGCAUUUCCAACCUGAACUCUGUGGGAGACAUGCUCACCUCCUCCCAGGCCUCCGUGGCUGGCCUGGGCCACAGCUUCGGCAACCUAGGCGGCCCUCUCCGCAUGGCAGGGCACCUUCCCGGCGGCUCAGCUGGGUCCGGUUUGAGGCUGAGCCAGAUGGGCCACAUUGGCGGCCCCACCGAAUCCAUUUCCCAGCAGCAGCAGCAGGCAGCCGCGGCCAUGCACUUCCCCCUGUCUUUCCAAAACCCUCUCUUCCAUUUGGCCGCCCAGAACUCGCCGGCACAUCCUCCUCCACCGCCGCUCCUCCUCGCCCCAGAACCGGAGAAUGGCCACCACGACUACGCGCCAGCGUUCGGCAACAACGCUUUCUCGCGCAGUGAGGAUUUGUCGGCCCUGCGCUCCCAAAACAGCCUGGUACAGCCCAGCAUCGUCCACUCGCACAGUUACAGCGACGACUUCACUCGGCAGAACCAGAACGACUUUGUUUGGCAUCAGCUGUCACUGCAGGUGCAGGAGUCCCUCCAGCAGCAGCACCUGAUGGGCAUCACUUCUCAGACAGGCACCGGCACAGGUACGCCUGCCUCCUUGGCCACGCCCCCUACCACUGUUCACCCCGUGCGCCAGUCCUCUAUAGCACCCCAACUCCUCAAGUCUCAGCGGUCCAUCAACACUUCAGCCACCGCCACACCCCCGAAGGCCCGACCACAGAGCAGGAAUCUGCUCCUGGACUCUUCGGACAGUAACUUCAGCGGCAGUCAGCCGAAGCAACGGCAGCAGUCGCAGCAGCAACAAACGCAUCAACCACCGCAAACGCAACAACAGGAGACACAGAUGUCUUUGACUGACAGUCCGGCUCCUGGGCUGCCGUUCCAGACGAGCUCCGCCAAGGAGAACCAGGCACCGUCUGCAGCUGCCGAAGACUGCACUGACACGCCCACAAAAAGCAACAAAAAGUCUCAACAGCUGCAGCCUCCACAGCAGCAUCUGCUCAAACCGGUCGUCAAUAAGGGUUCUCAAUCAAACUUGAACGAGCGCACUGUGGCCUGGGUCUCCAACAUGCCGCACCUCUCGGCCGAUAUCGAAAGUCUGCGGCCCGACCGUGAAGGUCAACUGAAGGAGUACUCCAAAAGCAUGGAUGAAUCACGCCUGGAAAGGGUGAGGGAGUACGAGGAGGAGAUCCAUUCUUUGAAGGAGCGUCUGAAGAUGUCUCACCGCAAGCUGGAGGAGUACGAGCAGCGGCUCGUGUCGCAGGAGCAGCAGACGAGCAAGAUCCUGCAGCAGUAUCAGUGCCGCCUGGAUGACAGCGAGCGGCGCCUCAAGCAGCAGCAGGUGGAGAAGGAUUCUCAAAUCAAAGGCAUCAUCAACAGACUCAUGGCUGUGGAAGAUGAGCUGAGAGGGGGCGCCAUUCCUGAUAUUAAGCCUCGAAUCCUCACAGACCAGGGCUAUGGCGGCCUCGCAGGAUCCUGACUGCCAGUUCGAAAGCGACUAGGAUCCGUGAUGGUCAUCCAAGUGUAAGCGGAACUAGAAGAUCUACGGUACCUCACAAAAGAUUCUUGUCGCAAGAAAAACUUUCAAAAGAACUUGACAAUCACUUUUACGACUGAGACCAAUUUGUACAAAGAAUGUCGAGUUAACGCCUCAUCGGGAGUUUCUUCAUCUGUCAAAAAUGCUGACUUGAGGAUUCUUGCGGGCACAAUGCAACACCUUGGGGCUGCCAACUAAAAUGUAGAACAAGCACAAAGUCCCCCAUGAUUAAUUACAUAUCUUUUUUUUUUUUUUGCACCUUUUAAUCUUUUUUUUUUUUUAAUCAAAUUAUAGCUGCUUUUCUACUCAAUUUCAAGCCAUUUCAUUUUCUAUUCUAAUUACUUUUUAUGAUGAAAAGGCUGAAGUUGACUACAGAGUAUUAAAUGUGUCUUUCAGGAUAUAUAAUUCUGUUUAAUGAGAAACUUUCUCAUAAACGUUCAUAAACAAAUCCUAUUCUACAGUUUAAAAAAUCAGCUGUCUUUAAAGAGGUGCAAUAAAAAGAAGUUACCUACCCUUUACAUUCCUAAACAGGGUCAUUCUUAUGGAAGUACUGUUGUAGUAAAACAAUUUUUAAGUGCGUGUUUCAAUAUUUGUGUGUGUAAUCAGAUCUGCGUGUCUCUGUUCUAAAUUGUGUGUCUGUGUUUAGACUGGGUAAAAACAAUCCGUGGGUCCAUGUUUAAGUCAAACUACCCAGCGAUAACGAGGCAGAAGUUAGCAUCUGAUUGGAAUGGUGUGCGAUACUGAUACCAGACUGGUACUUUUUACUUGAAAUGUCAUUCUUAUUGAAUAAUUUUGUCACUACUACAAUGCAAAAAAAAAAGUUUUUUUAAUUUGUUGACAAGACCGUAUUUCUAUUUCAAUAUAUUUGAUAUAUUGAAAUAAUAGUCAUAAUAACCUGGUCAAUCACAUGUCUCUUUUCAUGCAAGGGUUGUUGCAUAAAAUUUCAAUAUUACACAUUCCAUGUUAUUCACUGCUAAAAUGAAUCUCAGAGCUCUCGUUAAUACCAUGAAUUUUAAAGGCCUACUGAAAUGAGAUUUUCUUAUUUAAACGAGGAUAGCAGGUCCAUUCUAUGUGUCAUACUUAAUCAUUUCGCGAUAUUGCCAUUUUUUUGCUGAAAGGAUUUAGUCGAGAACAUCGACAAUAAAGUUCGCAACUUUUGGUCGCUAAUAAAAAAGCCUUGCCUUUACCGGAAGUAGCAGACGAUGACGUCACCCGUGUGAGGGCUCCUCACAUCCUCACAUUGUUUUUAAUGAGAGCUUCCAACAAAAAGAGCUAUUCGGACCGAGAAAGCGACAAUUUCCCCAUUAAUUUGAGCAAGGAUGAAAGAUUCGUGGAUGAGGAAAUUUAGAGUGAAGGCCUAGGGAGAAAAAAAAAAAGUUUAGAAAAAAAAGGCGAGGGCAAGUGAGUGAUUCAGAUGUUUUUAGACACAUUUACUAGGAUAAUUCUGGGAAAUCCCUUAUCUGCCUAUAGUGUUAAUAGUGUUUUAGUGAGUUAAAGAGUACCCUAAAGUUGGAGGGUUGUGGCCACGGGUGUUUUAACGCCAGAGUCUCUGACAGAAGUCAAGGCAGCAGGUUGACGCUGGCUCCGCUGAUCUCCGGUAAGAGGCGACUUGUUUCCACAAUUUUCACACCAAAAACUGCCGGUUGACAUGUAGUCGUGAUCCAUGUUCGCUUGACCGCUCUGAUCCAUUGUAAUGCUUCACCUCCGGGAAUUUUAAACAAGGAAACAUCGUGUGUUUGUGUGGCUAAAGGCUAAAAGCUUCCCACCUGGAUCUUUCUACUUUGACUUCUCCAUUAUUUAUUGAACAAAUUGCAAAAGAUUCAGCAACACAGAUGUCCAAAAUACUGUGUAAUUGCGCGAUGAAAAGAGAUGACUUUUAGCCGUAAGUGGUGCUCGGCUAAUAUGUCCCUUCCAACCAAUAACGUCGCAAACACUCGUCAUCAUUGCGUCAUCAUUCCGCGACGUUUUCAACAGGAAACUCCGCGGGAAAUUUGAAAUUGUAAUUUUGUAAACUAAACCGGCCGUAUUGGCAUGUGUUGUAAUUUUAAAAUUUCAUUAUUGAUAUAGAAACUAUCAGACUGUGUGGUCGGUAGUAGUGGGUUUCAGUAGGCCUUUAAAGAUAGACUAAAAGUUUCACAAAUUGUUUUUAUUUAUUUUCUGUGUCUGUGGGUUUGAGAAUUUUGAAUACAGGUUUUUUUAACCUGUACCUGAAUUAUUGUGGUCUACAUCUCAAGUAUCAAACUCAUGGCCCGGGGGCUUAAUCUGGCCUGCCACGUUAACGUGGCCUGCAAAAGCCUGAAAAUAAUAUUAGUGACUAAAUGUAUCCAUUCUUUAUUUUUCAACAUAAUACAAAUUAUUCAUUAAAUUGCAUAUAUUUUAAACAUUGAUAUAUAUUACACCAAAA